AAUCAAGUUUAGCAUUGUUUAUAAAUAUUGAAUUUUACAAUAUUAGUGUUGAUAACGAAAUCAUCUGCGAUCUGCCGUUCCGCCUAAUCUGCCUGACGCCUGUUCUGUUGAAACUUUGUAAAACUUAGUGCUAACUUAACGAACUUAACUCUAAGUUCUCUUCGUUUUGAUAAGUCACAACUUGCUUGGCCCGCUACACCCAGUCCAUUGCAGUUUUAAGGGUUUAGAGUACGAUUAAUCACUUCUGGGAGAAGCUAUGGAUUUUGAUAGCCCGGACGUCGAGAAGGAUUUCCCAGGAUUAUAUGCGUCCACAGAAAUUGGACAUAAAGACUCUGAUGGUAAACGCAAAGAAAAAAAAGACCGUGGUUAUGCAGCGCUUGAAGGUGAAAGUUCUCCGGAAGAAGAGCCUGAUGCAAAAAGUCCAUUGAAAAUAAAAAAGAUAAAACCCUUUAAAUUUCCUAUAAAAAAAGAGAAGCACGAGAAGCUCAAAGAUAAAGAUUCUAAAGACAUACCUAAGGAAAAGAAAAAAGAUGGAGAAAAAGACAAAAAAAAAGAUAAACCCAAAAGUAAAAUAAAAGAAAAAAAGAAACAAAAAGGAUCUGAUGGAAAAGAUUCUGUUGACAUAGGUUCUUUAUACGAAGAUCAACCUGUUUUUGGAGUUCCAUUAGAAAUAUCAUUUGAACGAAAUCCGUGCCAUGACGAUAUACACUUACCAUUAGUAAUGAGAAAUUGUAUUGACUAUGUACAAAUGCAUGGUUUAUGUACUGAUGGUGUGUAUAAAGUACCUGGAGUGAAAUCUAAAGUACAAAGCCUUAAAAUUCAGUAUAAUAGACGGCAAUCUGUCAAUUUGACUGAUUAUGAUUUAGCUGUUGUCACGAGUCUAUUGAAACAAUAUUUAAGAGAACUUCCUGAUCCUAUAUUGACACCGGAUUUAUUAUCAAAAUUUGAAGAUGCUGCUGAAACACAAAACAAUGAAUUAGCAAAGUUGUUAAUUUCAGAACUUCCACUAUGCAAUAAGCAUACACUCACAUGGUUAAUAGUUCAUUUUACUAGUAUCAUAGAAAAUGAAAAAUAUACUAAGAUGAACACUACAAACUUUGGUUGUGUUUUAUGUCCUGUUCUUCAAAUGUCCCAAAAGUUAUUCUCAUUCCUUGUCACAAACAAAAAUGACUUGUUUCCUUGUGCCAUUUUACACAAGUAUAUACCACCUUUAAGAUGUGCAAGCCCUUAUUUGCCAUCUGGUAAAGAAGAAAUGACCAUUGAAUUAAAAAAACAAGAAUCACUCCUUGGAUACAUACACCGUGAAAUGAAUGCUGGCUUUGUGUGUAAAACUAAGGAAGAAGAGUUGUGGGAUGUACAAAGGAUCAUUACACAAUUAAAAAGAAAACUUAAAGUAUUGGAAAAAGAUAACCACAAAGUUUCAAAAGAAAAGACCAAAGUAGAAGACCAGAUAAAUGGAAAGUUUGAAGAAGUUGGAACUCAAACAGCACUAAACAGAAAAAACUCUAAUAACAGUGUAUCAGGCAAAGCUGAAGUAGUGUCCAUAACAAGUGAUACUGUUAACAUAUCAAACUGUGAAAGUUCAUUAGUUGAUGAAGAGAUACAAACAACAACUUCAGAUAGCGAUAAUGAAGAAUUAGUUUUACAGUAUGAAUCUGAAGAAUUAAUGUCACUCAUUGCAAACUUAAAAGAUUAUAUAGUUCAAGAAAAAUGUGAAAUUGAUCGGUUGCAAACUAAGUUGGCAUCAGUUGGAAUAAUUGUUAAUGCUAGAGAAUAUUUUAUGUAUCCAAUUGACGAAACAACAGUUGAUAACAGUGAAUUGUUAAGUGAAUAUAAAAUGCUGCAAUUCCAGAAAAUGAACUUAUCUAAAAGUAUAGAAGAAGAACGAGAGGCUAUACUUGAUUUGAAAAUACAAAUAAAACUAGCAAAACGUAAACAUAUUUCAGUUAUGUAAAUGAUAAAAUAAUAAAAUGAUUUAUUUGAAUGAUAAACGUAUUUUUAGUUUAAAAUGAUAGUUUAUACCCAAAUAUGAUGACAUUCUUUUAUACAAUGACUUAAACUUUAGAUUGUCAUCAUUUCAUAUUUAAAAUGAUUAAACAGAUUAAAGUUUAAAAUAGUUAAAAUAGUUUUUAUUAAAAUUAUUAUGUAUGUUAAUUAUUAUUUUUUAAGAAUGUACAAAAUUUUUUUCUGUAACUACUCAAAAAAUUUAUUUUUUAUAACUAUAGAUAAUAUAUUAUUUAUUUCAUUAUUUUUAAUAAUUAUUAUUAAUUACUUGUAAGUAUGUUUGUUUUUCGUUUUGUAGUGUUAUUAUAAUGUAUUAUAUUCAAAUAUUAAUUGCAAAAGUUGUUACUAAUGACCAGUUAAAAAUAUAAGAAUAUUAAACCUAA